UUAUUCCACGUAAUUCAGUUCCAUAAGGCAAUUGGUCUCGUAAAAAUCUCACAAAAACCCAAAAUGUCUACUCCAAAGCCGAUUUUGAACGUCGAAAAUCUCGCGCUGACCAACAAGAAGAUUGGUGAGCUGAAGAAGAAAGUUAUGCUGGCUGAGGGACAGAAGAAAGCUUACACCGAAGAGUGGGCGGACACCAAAAAGGCACAGAACGAUAAAAUCGCCGAGCUGAAAAAAGAGGUGCGUGAUUUGACCAACAAGUUGUCCUAUUUGCACAAUCCGAACAGCGCGAAAGCCCAAAAGAACGUGCAGGAAAUCAAGCGCCGAGUGCAGCUUCCGCCUGGCGCCAAAACGAUCCAGGAUGCGCUGAAAAUUGUCGAUUUGAAAAUUAUCGACGUGAAUAAGCAGGCGGACGCGGUUGAGGCGAAGCACAAGAAGCGGGAAAUAUACUACAAAAAGCUGCUCGAUCAGCUGCACAUGCUGAUGGGUUAUAGAAAUUCCAACGCGGACGGAUCGAAUCCUCCCGAGACGGUCGAGGAGGAUGCGAAUCGGAAAUUGAUAACCCAUUUGGAGAAUGAAAUUCACCGGACAUCGGUCCAGUGGAUGGAGGCGGAGCAUAUCCGGAAGAAGUAUCGUGGCAUAAAGUUCUCGCUGAUGAGAGAUGCGGAGAAGUUUGAGAGAUCUCUGCUGGAGCUGGAGCAAGCCAUCACCGAACAACAGGCAGAGAUUACCAAGCUUGAGGGGGUCCACAAGGAGGCGAUGCAAAUGAGGGAUAAUACGAAGGGAAUUCUCCAGCGGCAGGAGCAAACAACGCACUAUGCCAACAAGGCGAGGGAGAAGCAAGCGCUGGAAUUCCGCCGACAGGUAGAGGAACGGAAGCUGGAAUUGGAGCGCCUUGAGCGGAAGAUCUUCUCCUCUGGAAAAACGCUAAUCCACCAGGAGAGUAUAAUAUCCGCCAGUGGGGAUCAUGUGGGUGGUAAAGGGGAAGGUGAAGACUCUAGUGUGCACGAUAAAGACAGCGCCUCGGUUAUGGAGCAGAAAUUCAAGAAGCUUAUGCAGGCCACAGGGGUUAGCGCUGCCAGCGAAGUCGUCGAUCGUUUCCUGGCACAACGGGAGGCGUCAGCUCGACUCACCUAUCUUCGCUCGAUAACCGAGAAUGAGAAGAAACAAUUGGAGUCACAACGGGAGCUUAUGACCGCCCAACUGGAUGCGUUCAAAUUCGCCGACGUUAAGGACAGUGAUGUCAAUCAAGAGGAGCUCGAGAAAAUACGUAACUCAAUCGAGGAACUAAAAGCACGCUGUGAGGAGUGUAACAAAGCGAUUGGAUAUACUAAAAACGUCUUCAAUACGAUCAAAGAUACGCUGAUUGAGUUGCUCUUGACGCUGAGGGAAAUCGAUGAGAACCUGGAGAUUCAAUUUUCCCGCCGAAUGACGAUGAAGCAAGCCGAGUUGUUGGAUCUCUCAUCAGGGAAUAUUUCCGUUGAUGAUCUGGGAAAUAUGUUGGAGGAAAAAAUUAAACUUGGAAUGAUAGCCAGCGGUCAGUUGGCUAACGAUGCCGACAGUGGGGUGUCCGAAGAUGAGAGCGAAGUACCCCGACCGACAAGUGCUCUACAGAUUCCGACAUCCAGUCCCUCGGUGGGCACAUCUUCGGUGCAGGAGGAUCGGGAAAAACCUCCAGCAUAUCCGCCGGUUUACAUGAAUUUGAUUGCCGGUCGAACGACCGCGCAGAUUUCAUCCGCUUCGCCAGGGCCGGGAACAAUAGUGGUGCUUUCGGACGAUGAAGCGGAAGUGCCGUCGAGAAGCUAUCUCAAACGACAGGCCAAUAUGAUUAUCGAGGCGAAAUCUCGAAGGAAGGGAUUCCGGAUGCCGCCACCGAAACGGCGCUAGAGAGGUGGUUUGAUUAUGAUACGAAAAUCUUUUUAUUCUUUUCUUCCUCUUUUUAACACGUUGAGCCCUGUGUCGGUUCCGAGGGACUGUCAUUAAACUUUUUGCUAGAAAAACGUUUAUCACUGGGACUGACAUGGUUUGUUUUCGGAUGUUUUACGAUAUGUGGCUACUUUCUAGUUGAAUUUCUGAGUUUUUUUUUGUAUAAUAAAUAUCUUUGGAAGCGGAGACCGACACUAAUAUUGUGCAAAUACUCUUUAUGCUGACUGAAUGGAAAUCGCUGCAAGAAUAAUCCGGGGCUCCGGCGUGUUAACGAUCAGAAAAAAAUGACACAGUUAUUCUAAUUUAUUUUUUAAGCUAAACUGAUAUGAAAAGUGAGCCAUAUAUUUCGUACUAUAUUGUGACUACUGAGUAAAACCUACUUCUAUAAUAAUUCUAUAUUCAACAUUAUCGUCAGAAGAAUAAACGCAAAUAGAUAUGUAUUCGCAUCAGAAUCUUAAAUUUAAGCUUGAUUCAUUUAGAAUCACAAAACUAUUCGUGUCUCGGGAUUGGUUAAAGGCACAAAAAAUGUUUUUAUACCAUAAUGUAAAUAUUUUUUUUCCAGAAAAAAUUGUAAGAGGUUGUAUCUAGGACACGACCGCAUUUUCAACGUAGAACUACGCAAUCAUAUUAUGCAAUCCACUUGUUUAACACUUCGAAUAUUAUUUUAAAAUGCAUCGAAAUUUUUGUAAUAGAUUAUGUUCUACGUUACAGGUAAAUUUGAUGAACGUCCUUUUACGUUUGAUAUGAUGCCUACGACUACCAAAAUAUAUGAACGGAAGAAUUGUCAAACGAUCAUUGUAUUUUACAUUUCCCCCUGAAAUUAUUGCACAUCUCAUGUUAACGUAGUUCUCGAACCGCGAAAGUUCAUUCACCUCUAGUAUCUGAAAUAACUAUUUUCCCAGACUUCUCAGUUUAAAAGUACAUUUAAGGGAAACAUAUUCCGGUUUGCACAACGACAAGCGAGUACAAAAGUACUCAACAGCAAAAAAUACCACCGACUUGCAUGUAUUUGCAAAGCGGAUUUAAUUUUGAAGUCCGUAUCAGGGAAACACAGCUCGGUGGGAACAAAAAUACCCUUGCAUGUAUAUUUGCAAAGCGAAUU